GACCUGGUAGGUGAUCUGCAGGGUGAACUGGGAGGAAAGUUUGAGACUCUGGUGGUGGCUCUAAUGACUCCGCCCAUCCUCUACGAUGUGACAUCACUACGGAACGCCAUCAAGGGGGCMGGGACCGAUGAGAAGGUGCUGAUUGAGAUCCUGUCUUCUAGAACGGCCCAGCAGAUUAAGGACAUCACUGCUGCCUAUCGCCAGGAGUUUAAUAAGAACCUGGAGGAGGAUGUAACAGGAGACACGUCAGGCCACUUCAGGAGACUGCUGGUCAUCCUGCUACAGGCCAGCAGACAGCAGGGGGUACAGGAGGGGAACAUAGAGACUGAUGCACAGACUUUGUUCUCUGCAGGAGAGAAGAAUUAUGGGACCGAUGAAGACCAGUUCAUCACCAUCCUGGGGAACAGGAGCGCUGAACACCUGAGGAGAGUGUUUGCUGCGUACAUGAAGCUGGCGGGGUAUGAGAUGGAAGAGAGUGUUCAGAGAGAGACUUCUGGAGGACUGAGAGACCUGCUACUGGCUGUGGUAAAGUGUGCUAGAAGCGUCCCAGCCUACUUUGCAGAGACUCUGUACUAUUCGAUGAAGGGUGCAGGAACUGACGACCAGACCUUAAUCAGAGUGAUGGUGAGUCGUAGUGAAGUGGACAUGUUGGAUAUCAGAGCUGAUUACAGACGCCUCUUCACCAAGUCACUGCACUCUGCUAUACAGGGUGAUACCUCUGGUGACUGCCGUAAGGCCCUCCUCCUGCUCUGUGGUGGCGACGUUGCGUAACCAUGGCGAUGAUCCCUGAAGGAGCAAUACCCGGAGAGACCUCCGCUUUGACUGGCCCCUCUAGCUGUCAAUCACUCUCUGAGUCCUGUGUAAGCCAAUAGGAGAGCUCUGGUGGCCACGGUGCAGCCCGUGAUAGGUUAUGAGUGAUAAGACUUUAAUCCUGUGUGUAUCUGUAGCUAACAUCCUUUAAGAUUUACUCUGCUUCAUAUCUCAUCACUAAAGUCAUAUUAAUGCUGGAAGUAAUUUUUUAAUAUCAAGUAAUAUAACAACUAAAGACUGUUUUAAUGUUUGUACUGUUGGUAAGGUAACACUGAAGCCCUAAUAAACAUUUUAAUAGCA